AGGGUUGGUGAAUUUACUAGUCAGCGUUAGAGACAGUGGAGGGAAAGGAAGAGAGAGAGAGAAGGGCAGAGAGGGAGGGAGAGAGAGGACAGCCGUGGCUCAAAGGGGGUUACAUACACAUCGCUCGGGUGAAGGAAGAGAGAGGAGGGGGAAAGGAAGGACAACAAAAAAGAAGGGGAACACUGCACUGUUUGUUUUUAUUGGUUUGUAUUAGAGGAGGAAAAGUCUGCCUUUCUCUUUAAAUGAACGGAUAAAUCAUCGCAAACGGCUUCCAUCUUUAUUUGAAGGAAAACAGUGGGCCACGAGUUAGACGCUGGAGUUUGAAGUGAUUUGAGCGUUUGUGACUUAUUUCUAAAGCAAAGGGAGACACGGUUUGCAGUCCUGUAAGUGCUUAUAGCGACUUGAUAGACUGUGACAAGACCAAGCGAAACAAACAAGCAAAUAUAGAAGUAACUUUAUAUGACUUUAGAAAUAUUACUAAGUAGUUGCCAAAUGCCAUUGAGUUCUGCGAGAAGGAAUAAAUAACAGCUCUAUUAGUGGCCUUUUAAAUCACUGCUCAACAAAACACAGGGAAGAAAACCUGAUCCACAGUUUCAGCCGGUUAUUCACAGCAUAUUUGCGGACUAUGGCGGCGGUAACAAGUCCAGAAGCGAGCCAACAAGCUCGCGUUUACUUCCAGACGCCCCCCGGUUCAACCGAAGAAGCCGAGACCCCGGUCCGCAAGCAAGGACGGGUCACAGUGAAAUACGACCGGAAAGAACUGAGAAAGAGACUUAAUUUGGAAGAGUGGAUUAUUGACCAGCUAACGGAUCUCUACGACUGUGAGGAGGAGGCGAUUCCAGAGCUGGAGAUUGAUGUGGAUGAACUGUUGGACAUGGAGAAUGAUGUAGACCGUGCCGCAAGGGUCAAGGAACUGCUGGUAGACUGUUAUAAACCUACUGAAGAGUUUGUAGCUGAGUUGCUGAACAGGAUCCGUGGCAUGCAGAAGCUCAGUACUCCUCAGAAGAAAUGAAGCUUCUCUCACCUCCACCCUUCUUCAACCAAUCUCAUCCCUCCUUUUACAAUUUUAAGGGUGUGACUAUUCACCCCUGAGCAGGUGCUCAUCCAGUCCCAUUGCCUCUUUUGCAUCCAUUGGGGAGGAGGUGGAGGCAAAAUUAUGGGAGAUUCAAUCAGAUCCUUAUAAGCAGGGCUUGUUUUCUCAUUAUGUUGAUUUUAUUUGUAUUAUUUUAUUCUAUUUCACUUUUUUUGUAAAGGGGGAAAGAUUUCAUUGUUUUUAAAUGUAUUUCAUGUUGGUAUACAUUACUGUGCAUUAUAUUCUUUAGAUUUGAAUUUGGUAAUUUAGUUUUAAUUUCAAAGGUUUCAAAGAUCCCUGUCUCAAUGAACACAUGGACUAAAACCCUUUGUGAAACUGUGACGAUACUUGGUUUAAAAUGACAUCAGAGGGGAUUAGACAGAAGAGGCUUUGUGGAUUAAUUUUUUCUUUUUCUUUUUUUUUUUAAAUUUAAUUUAAUUUUAAUUUAUUUUUUUUAGUCUCGUCUUCCUUGAAUAAGUGUGCAGGAACAUUCAUGGACAUUUUAAUUACAAAAAAAUGAAAAAUAAUAGAGUGUUUAAAGCUAUUUUAAAGCGAGGGAGUUUGGCUUUGUGGUAUUAACAGGGAAAGGGAGCUGUGUGUAGGAAAAAAAUUUGGGCUUUGAUUCUUUAAUUUUCCCGUCUUACACAUGCCACACACACAAACACACACUCACUCACUCUCUGAAAUUCAUGGGCAGCACCACCCUCAGGGAUCAGGAGAAAUUACCACACACACACACACACACAACCACAGCAGUGGCUUUUGGGCCUCACACAUCCACGGACUCUUCCAGAGACCGAUAGGGAGGGACUGGAGAUCAUGCUAGACAAGCUGCAGUGUGUCACGGUCACUGGCAAACGUACGUUUAGAAUUAAUCCUCUCACAUGACUCUCCUAAAUCAUCUUUCCCAGGAAGCCAUCUGCUCUUUUUGUCUCAGCCAAUCAAAUACUAUAAUAAGAGGGCUAAUAGUCUCACUCAGUGCUCUUGAGAUUCACCAAUCCAACAUUUCCAGCAGGUGUUUUAGAAGAGCUUUUCCCAUAACAUGCUGACACAUCACUAGCAUCUGCGUAUAUUAAUCAUUCAUUGAUGCUCCUGCUCAUCCCAUCUGAGCUCACUUGAGUUCACUAUAUGAAGUAAGGUACAAUGACAACUGUCCUGGACUCACAACUGUUUUAUCUCUUUCUCUGCUCACUCUUUUUUUUCGUUGGCCCCCCAUUUUAAUUGUAUGUGUUUAUUUCACCUGCUCUGCAUUUCAUUUUACAUGAGAGUCAAUCUCCCUACUUUCAGAUGUUGCCUUAGGUUACAUUUGUUAUGACAACCAAAUUAAUUUAAUAAUGUUUGAGGAACAUGCAAGAAAAAAAUCUCUGCAAAAGUGGAAAUCUUUUUGAAGUUUUAGAAUUAAAUUAAAGGUUCUUGUACUUUCAA